AUGGCGAGUGAGAGGUUUAUGGUGAGGUUAAACAAGAACGGAGGCCCCAGGAAUCCAGAGAAGAUAGAUCGAAUGUGUGCGCUUUUCACAGAUCUCAGCAGUAAGGACAUGAAGAGAGAUUUGUACAUAGUUGCCCAUGUAAUUCGAAUAGGUCGCAUGUUGCUAAAUGAUUCAAAAAAAGGGCCCCCUCAUUUACACUAUCGUCGCCCCUAUGGCUGUGCAGUAUUGAGCAUCAUGGAUGUACUUCAAUCAAUCUCUGAAAUAAAGGAAGAGAAGGAUUUUGUGCUCAAAGUUUACACGUGUAACAACGAAAAUGAGUGGUGCCAGAUCCAUGAAAAUAUUAUUCGCAAGUCCAGCACCAAAUACACAGCACCCAGCUCAAACUAUGGACUUAUAAUAUCUCUUCAGCUUCUUCGUGGUGACAUGGAGCAGAUUCGAAGGGAGAACCCCAUGAUAUUUAACAGGGGCGUUUCCGUUACCAGGAAGCUGGGUUUUCCUGAUGUUAUAAUGCCAGGUGAUAUCCGCAAUGACUUGUACCUGACAUUAGAAAAGGGAGACUUCGAAAGAGGUGGGAAAAGCGUGCAGAAGAACAUUGAGGUGACCAUGUAUGUGCUCUAUGCGGAUGGAGAAAUCUUGAAGGACUGCAUCAGCCUGGGCUCAGGAGAGCCAAGCAGGAGUGCAUACCACUCUUUUGUCCUUUACCACAAUAACAGCCCUCGAUGGGGGGAAAUCAUCAAGUUGCCCAUCCCUAUAGACAGGUUCCGUGGGUCUCACCUCCGGUUCGAGUUCAGACAUUGCUCCACAAAAGACAAAGGAGAAAAGAAGCUCUUUGGUUUUGCAUUCACUCCACUGAUGAGAGAUGAUGGCACUACCUUGUCGGAUGAUAUCCAUGAGCUUUAUGUUUAUAAGUGUGAUGAGAACAGCACAUUUAACAACCACGCACUGUACCUGGGGCUGCCUUGCUGCAAAGAGGACUACAACGGCUGCCCCAACAUCCCUUCCAGCCUCAUCUUCCAGCGCAGCACCAAAGAGACCUUCUCUGUCUCCACACAGCUUUCUUCUACCAAACUGACCCAGAAUG